AUGUGUAGAAACAUUUUACUGAUAUCUUCGAUUGUUUCUUUUCUUUCAAUAGUCAUGUUUACGGUAAUUUCCAAAUUUCCACCUGAAUCAGAAGUUCCUGAAAUAGGAAUGUUUAGACGCAGUCCAGCUGAAAUGAUGAGAGAUUUUGCAAGACAAAAUCUACAAUUGGACGCGUCCAGAAAUGACGAACCAAGCUCUCCUGGUCCAGCAACACGACAUGAAGAACAAGAAAGAAAAGGCUUUGGUGAUGGAAAAUCGUCUGUACUGACUAAUGGUUCAUUACGUCUUCUGCAAUCUGCGAAAACGAAAACAGAAACGUCUGAGAAUGUUCCAGCCGGAUCUGAUGACGAACGGGAAAAGAAAUUACAACACAAGAAUCUCUAUUUAGAUUUAUCACAGUAUGUUAUACCGCAAAAACCUGUUCUGGAUUUCUCCAAAUACGUCAUCAACAGACCUGACCUGACCAUUGACAUUAAAGAUGAAUCCAAAGACGUUAUGAAAGUUCCGGAUGUCCAUUUAGAUAUCACAGAAGGGAAUGGAAACAUAAAGCAAAAGAAACCAUCAAGAUUUCAAAGAUUAAGACGAAGUUUACAAGAUUUAAAGAAAAGAGUAGCUCGACCUUUUACGCUUUUAACAGACUGUUUCAACUCUAAUCAAUACACUGAAUAA